AGGACGCGCCGUGCGUUUGGAUUUCUUGUUAGUGCUUUUCUCGGUCACACACACUCGGGAUGAUGUGAAGGGUUAAAGUUUGUCUCCUCGGAGCAGGUGACGCGUGAUCUCUCUCUCAGUCUUCUUGUCUCUGUCGGCUGUCUGUGCUGCACCGAGCUGAUCAGAUGAUGAUGCGCUCUGCUCCCAACAACUCGGGGCACCAAGCUUCUCCUGAGGUAGGACCUUCUCUGUAGGCCGGUUCCUGCCACCCAGCAGCCAUGGACUCCCUCCCAGAAUACUCCCUGUUCCUGGUCCGGAUCUUGGAGGAGCUGGACACUAAGCACAACACCAUGUCCUACCAGGACCUGUGUAAGUCUCUGUGUGCUCGCUUCGACCUGGUGCACCUGGCCAAGCUCCGCAGCCUGCUCUUCUACACGGCCUGCCUGGACCCCGCCUUCCCGGCCACCCUGUUCAAGGACAAGAUGCGCUGCUCCAUGGAGGACCCGCAGUCCAAGAAGCUCAUGGUGGCAGCAGACAUCGUCACAAUGUUCAACUUAAUCCAGAUGAACGGAGGCAUAGCCAAGGACAAGCUCCCCAUAGUGCACAGAGGCAAGUUCCACAAGAACCAGUCGCUGGAGCUCAGCAGGUCUGACAAUGAUGCCUACAAGUUUCAUGAUUGUGACAUGGGGGCUGGUUAUGAAAACAUAGAUCACCCCAGGGAUGGACACCACCAUCACCAUCAUCAUCACCGCCCCCAGCAGCACCACGUGGCUCAGAGCACCCCUCCCUGUCCUAAAUCCAGUGAGUGCAACAGCCGCCAGCAGUUUAUUCCCACCUCAGACCCCAACUUCCUCCUGGGUGUCAGCAAGGACCUGAAAUGUAGAGCAGCCUCUCUGGACAAACUUCACCAUCUGCCCCAGUAUUCCAGUGGCAGUCCACCCUCUCCGCCAUGUGAAAUGCAGAGCACUUACUUUCCCAUGGACAUCGACAGCGAGUCCACAACAGACCAAGAGUCCCUGCGGCACAUGGGCCAUCCAGAGCCCUUCACUGUUCACUCCUGCAUCCAGAAGAGGAACGUCUUCAAGGAGGACUUCCACAACUUCGCUGCCUUCUCACCGCAGGUCAUCACCACUGAGUCCAAACAGGGCAGUAAGGCUGCUGACAUGUACCACAGGAGGGAGCUGCACAAGCCUGCCACCUUCUUCAACCACAGCUUUGAACUGCCCUACAGUAACCCCUACUUUGAGCCCACAGUCAACUCCCCCCUGCAGGACAGACGGAGGGCGAAGCACGAGAGCCUGGACGACCUACAGGCGUCCACAUACUUUGGUCCGACCACAGUGUCAGAGUGCGUCAGCAGCAGGAAGCACAGUAACAGGGCAGGGAAGCAGCCAGCGUGGCCGGUGAAGAGCCUCAGCCUCAACACAGAGGAUGGGCCUCCAGACUUUGAGAGGACAUUUGUGAGCAGCAAACCAGUCAAAGAAAACCACCAUCGCAAUAUCAGCAUCAUCAGCACCGACAGCGAGCACCAUUUUCAGAGCCCAAAGGAAAAGGUAGUAGCUUCUCCAUCUGGCUUUGCAAAGAAAACUAACGGAUUAAAAACAAAGGAUGUAGCACUGAUGGCGAGUGGGCCUGCUGGUUUGGACAGAAGAGAAGCAGCCAAGAGGUUUAGAGACAAAAAUAUGCAGAGUCAGUCCUUUCAGGGAGUGGACAGCUCAUCUAGUGUUGGGACUCAAACAGAGCAGGCGGAGAAGAAGGUGAAGGAGUUCCAAGCUAAGUACAGUGACAGAGAUAGACACCCCUUCAAACACUCUGAUGAGGACUCUGAGAACGUUAGUGAUGAUAUAAGUGACAUUUUCCGUUUUCUAGAUGAUAUGAGUGUUUGUGAUUCUCUGGGCAUUGUUCAGCCGUCGUGCUACACCAGUAACGGGUCUCUCUCUCAGGUUACGCUGAAGUCUGAAGGUGACAGCUCCCCUGAGCGCAACACGGUCAAGUUAGCCAAGUCCAAGCUGGACCGUCUCUUCCAUUCGCUGGAAAACACAGACGACGAGCUCAAAUCGAGUGUGUGCAAGCUGGUGAUGAGGAUUGGUGAGAUUGAGAAGAAGCUGGAGUCUCUGUCGGGGGUUCGCAGUGAGAUCUCCCAGGUGCUCUCCAAACUCAACAAGCUGGAUGAGAAGAUUCAGGAGCCGGAGGCCAACGGGAGACACGGGGAGACCGCAUCUGCUUCUGGGUCCAAUGCCACCCCUGACAAGCAGCAACCCCACCCUCAUCAGCAUCACGACACCACCCUGUCACCUCGUGUUUUCCAAUGCCACACUACUGGCCACAAUGUCAAAACAGACAAUGGGUCUUCUGCAGAAUGGUGCUGCUCAGACGGCAGUAACGGCGAUAGCCUCAGGGUCAAAGCUCUGAAGAAGAGCAUGUUUACCAGGAGGUCAUCCCGCUCUCUGAACGAGGAGAACAGUGCUACUGAGUCAAAGGUCUCCAGCAUCACCAACUCCCCACGGGACUGGAGGACAGUUUCCUACUCCUGCCACCCUGGAGAUGAGGGCAAGGACAAGGACAGAGACAGAGACAGAGACAGAGACGGCAAGGACAGACACCGGAAAGCCAAAGAGGCAGAGAGAGAGCGCCAAUACGAGCUGCCCCAGGCCCACCGCCCACCCAAACCGCCAAAGGAGUCGUACCUGAUCGAACAGGUUUUCUCACCACACCCUUUCACCCCCACCAUUAAGGCUCAUGUGAAAGGCAGCCCUCUGUACACCGACCUGAGACUCACCAGCCUGUCAGAUGCCAAGCGCGGCCAGCCAUCCUGGACCAUCGAGGAGUAUAAACGCAACUCAGGAGAGAAGGGGAAGCAGCUCACCGCUCUGGACCUGCAGACCCAGGACACUCUGAACCCCAACAACCUGGAGUACUGGAUGGAGGACAUCUACACACCAGGCUAUGACUCACUGCUCAAGAGGAAAGAGGCAGAGUUCAGGAGGGCUAAGGUGUGUAAGAUCGGAGCGCUGAUCGCAGCCGCUACCUGCACUGUGAUCCUGGUCAUCGUUGUUCCAAUUUGCACCAUGAAAACAUGAGAGCACCAGGAUGGAGUGACUCUGACAGCAGAAGUUUUUUUUUGUUUUUAAUGCAGUAUUUACUUCCUGAUCUUUCUUGCCAGUAUAAAGUGAUUAGGACAGCUCGUGUACAAUAGAAACAAACUCAGCAAGUGCAUAAUAUAUAUGGUAUAUCUAUUGGUUUAACAGUUGUAGUUUAUUGUAUUACUGUAAACCGUGCGGGACAGUUGAGGUGCAUUGGUUUACUUGUCCAACUUCAACAACUGCAGCAGAUGCUCAGUGAACUCAAUUGGAUUUGGUAUUGUAGCCAGCGAAUGAUAUUUUUAUUUUUCGUAUAAUUACUGUACAGUGUAUUUUGAUCAAAGUUAUUUUUGAUGAAUUAUCUGGUUGAAUGUGAGAAUUUAUCUUUAUUUUAUUAUCUUUCUUCAAUAACAGGAAGCAUUUUAAGUAAGGAAAUUUGUGCCAACACAUUUUUCUAAUUAGAAAUAUACUGAAGUACUUUAGUUUGAAUAGAAGUGUAUGUAUGUACAUAGAUUGCAGACACAGUAUGACUACACAGCCAAACUGAAUGUAUUGAUAUUGUUCGCCUACUUGGAAAUGAAUGACUUGAGAAGUGACUUGAAUGUUGCUGCCCUGUCCUCCUCUAACCAGCCAACAGCACAUACCUGCUCCUCUUCCUGAAACGCUGGAUUUUUUAUUUCUUUUCUCACUAGUGAGACUAGUGAAGGUCAGCUGAGAAGAUUGUAGAGCUUAGCAUAUCGACUUCCCUCACUAGCACAAACUAAACAGAACAGCAUCCCUCAGAUUGGGUUUGUCCACUCAUUUACUGCUGCAGUCUCCUUAAAUGCCUUAAAGUACAAACACUUGUGGCCCAACUGCCCACCUAUUAUUACCAAGCAUGUUUCAUGGCUAACAGACACCUAAUGUAGCUUCAGUACGUACAGUCGUGGUGAAAAGUUUCCAUCCAGUUAUAAAGAACAUGAAUAUCAUGGUAGUCUUCAUUUUUUUAUGAAAGGAACACAAACUACUUUGUCACAAAAACAUUCAUGAAGUUUGGUUCAAUUAAGUUAUCAUAGGUCUUCUGAUAAUGUGACCAAAUCUGCUGGAUGAAAAAUGUACAUACAGUAACUUGAAAAAUAAUUUGUGGUGAUUACAGAAAAGUGUGUAAAUCAAAUGUUCUUCGUAGCAUGGCCUCUUAACUUCUGAGUGAUUCUGAUUGAUAAUAGCUGGAGACUUUUCUGGGCUCAUUUUAAUAGGGCUUGUUUGAUACAGCCAUUAGACUCAGCCACACAUAGUAGAAAGUCAGGAAAGUCAUUUAGAGCCAUUUAAAAGCAGCUACAGGUACCAUAGAUCAAGUGUAUGGCACAGUUAUGUCACUGCUCAUGAUCAGGACGAAAACACCAACUAUCACCUGCUGCUGAGAGAAAACUGGUCAGGAUGGUCAAGAGUCAACCAAAAACCAUCAAAAAGGAAAAUCUGCAAUGAAUUAAAAGCUGCUGGAAGACAGGUGUCAGUGUCCACAGCCAGUGUGUUUUACAUCAACAGGAGCUGAGAGGCUGCUGUACAUACAGAAGCUCUCGCUCCAGAUGAAGCACCUUAAAGCUCCAAUGAAGUUUGCUGCCGAUCAUAUGGACAAAGAAAAAAGCCUGCUGCAGGAAACUCUGGUUAGAAAAAAAAAAUUGAGUUGUUUGGCCACAAUGAGAGGCAAUCUGUUUGGAGGAGAGAAGGUGAGGCCUUUAACCUCAUGAAUACAUAUCUACUGUCAAGCAUGGUGCUGGUAGUAUAAUGCUGCAGGGCUGUUCUGCUGCUCUAAAGAAAGUAAAUGUAAGGAGGAGGAUUAUCUCCAAAUCCUUCAGGAAACCCUGAAAUCAUCAGCAGAAGAUUGGGAGCUGGGUGCAGUCUGGUGUUCCAACAGGUCAGUGAUCCCAAACUAGAAAUCAUUGGAACUGAAGACUGCUGUGAUGUACAUGUUCUUCACAAGUGGAUGGAAACUUUUCACCAUGACUGUACAGUAAUAGUAGCCUUAAGUUUAGUUUUCUUGAAGUUGGUGUAAUAUUAUAUUCUUUCUUAUUGUCAACAAAAUUUCCACAACGUAUUAAUCUGUUUAACAACAUCCCUGCCUGGUCAUCGGAGAGAACCUAUCAUAGUCAUCACACUUCUUCAACCUGGUAAAGAAAAAAAUGUUAAAAAGAAAAAGUUAAAUUCCUGGUCUCGCAGACUUUUACAAGGAAGCAAUAGAAAACAUCCUGACUGGCAUCACAAACUGGUUCAUCACGGCCCAGGACAGGAAGGCUCGACGGUGGAUGAUUAAAACGACCAUAAAAUCACUGGUAGCACCUACAGAGCAUCAGUGACAUCAGUGAAGUGAGAUGUCUGCACAGAGCCCAGAGAUACUACAAGACAACACCCAGACACAGUGUGUUCACCUGCUGCCCUCUGACAGCAGGUACAGAAGUACCUGCUGCUGCUGUACCACCAGACUACACAGCUGCUUCACUCCCCACGCUGUGAGACUCCUGAACUUGUCUGACGUGAUUAUUAUUUAUUUACUAUUAGUCCUCAUUUUUUUUGUGUUAAAUUAAUCUUGAACCUCCUAUGAAAUUGUAUUGUCCUGAAAACAUACAUCUUUAAUCACAAUAUAGUUAAAAGUCUCAGUAAUCUCCUGAAACAACUUACUCAAACUAAAGCAAAUGUCAGUGCAUUUGUUGGGUCUAUUUUCAGCGGCAUAUACACAUUUGGUGCUCCAUUGGAUAUCUCUGUCAGCAGUAGGAUAGUGUGCUGUAAAUAGCAUUGAGUCAAAAUAAACUAGUGUGUGUGUUCAUACUAAUGAAGGAACAUGUGACCCGGUGCAACAGUGUGGCGCUGAUGUGUUUUUAAUCACUUUAUGGAUGAUAAUGGAGCUCACAGAGGAAGAAGAUAUAACAGGCUUAUGAGGCACACUCAGUAAGUGUUAGUAUGGUAACUUUGGUGUUGUUGAUAUGGGACUGCACAUUGGAUUUGUUUACAAUAAAACAAUAUACAGCAUAUUAACAGCCUUAUCCUUUCACCUUAAUAAGCUGAACACCAAUAAUGUAUCCUCCACAGAGCCCAGUUAACUGUAGUUCAUGUGAUACAUCUCUUUAGUGCUCUGCUACUCAACACAACAGCCCUGCAAUAAAUUCUACCUUUAUGAGUCUCAUAUUGUUCAUCAGAGAGGAAUUUAUUCAACUCUGUGGUCAUUUUUCUAGUUUAUAAUAACAUGAUUAAUUUUGAUUUCCCAUUCUUAUGGUUUCCAGAAUAGUUUUAAGUAUGACAUCAUCUCUGUUUACUUUGUUUCAUGUAUUCUCUGUAUCAAUUUCAAAAAUGCCUGCAUGAAAAAAAGCCAACAAUAAUCAAUAAAACACCACUACAACCACCACAGGGCUGCUGAUAAAACUACAUCCCUAGUUUGUAUUUUCCCCAGCUUAUUUAGAUAGUUCAGAACCUCCCUCAGUCGGCACACUAUGUCAGUGCGGUAUUGAGGUCCUGUAGUUGAUAUCAUGGCCUCUAACAGUUUCCAUACUGGCAGACCAAUGAGAUAUGCUUCUAAGAACAUCUAGCCUGUAAAUGCAUUAAUACUGACUGCUGAAGUGUCUAGGUUUACAGGAGAUCAUUUUAAUAUUGAACCUAACAAAUGCAAUAAAAGGUAGAAAUACCAAACCAAACUCAACAACAAAUUCCAAAAGCACCAAGGUAUGUGAGAAAACGACCACACAGAGCCUUUGCAGGAGUGACAUGGAUGACCAGGGAAAAGUAUAAAUUGUGCUAUAUGAUAUUGUGCUGAUCAUUAUAUAAUGAAAAAUCAUCUUAGAUCCUUUUUAUAAGUUGUUUGACAUAUCAUUGUUAAUAUAGGAGAAGAAGGAGAAGAAGUAUUCUGGGAUUAGGGGCAUUACUUUUCACUUUCUUAAGGGGGGCAUGACAGGAAAAGAUUGAGAACAACUGACUUGAGCCACAUUGUAUACACAUAAAUCUGCAACAGGAUGUUUGACAUGGUCCCAGUAGCUCAUAGUGUGGGAUGAAACUGAACUUGUGUUCAGAUGAGAGUUGGACAUUCAUACAUCGUAUUUAUUUUUUCAGGUUGUCAGUCCUUCGAAAGGGGAAUUAUGUUGAGCUAUAGUUACACAGCAGUACAUGCUGUUAUUUUUAACAACCCCGUCUCUUAAAUCCACAUUACAAUACUUAGUCUAAUGCCAACUUCCAGUGCCUGUGCAGGAAGUAGCGCACCAUAAACACAAGCUUUUGUAACCUCAGUCAUACUGAAGCUGCUGUGCAGAUAUUAUAGUUUGAUUUGAAAACACUGGCAUUCAAAAAAAUGUAUAACAACUGGAUAUAACAAAGACUUUUUACAGAACUGUCCAAUGUUCUUUAAUGGCAAUAAGGUUGAUGUUGGUAGACACCUGAGUGGUGAUACGAUAGGUCACAUAUAUUCUAUUCUAUUGUAUCACCAAAGAUCUUUAGAGCUCAGACUGAUCAGGUGAAAAGCAGCCUUGUUAAUGAACUGAGUCACUGCUGCACUGCUUCGACCCUUCAGUAUGAUGCCUGGCGCCUGAUGGGGUCAUGAUUGCACAACCCCAAUAGUGCAGCAUACCCAGUAUAGCUCCUGAAUGGAAGAUUUAAUGUGCUGAAGAACAGUUUGUGUUGGCUCAUGGGAAAGGCUGUGAAUUUAAAUGAUAUGAUCCAUCUACUGUCUGUACUGAAGAAAUGGGCUGUAAGCCACUGCUGGUGUUUGAGUUUUGCUGUUAACCAUCCAGAUCUGCCUUCAGUACAGGAAAUGUGAGCUGCAGCACACUGUAGGAGUCUGUAAAUAGUUUCAGGUUCGAGGCACAUUGUGGAAGCAGGUGUAAACUGGAAUAUUACUACAAUAAAAAUGUAUUGUUCUGACUGUUAAUGGAUCUGUUUUUUAUGAUGCUUUAUAAUGUAUAUUACUUGAUAAUAUUUCAUUACUGAUGGUGGACAUGCAUGCAUCUUUCUCUUCCAAAAAAAUAAUAAUAAUCUAACUAGUUGCAUGCUCCAUGAA